CCUUCUUUCUUUCCUUUCCUUAUAUUAUCUUUAAAGAAACACAAAAAUGUCUGUCGGUAAACUAAGCUCAGAAGCUGCCCCUGCCGUACUUGAAGAAGGCAACUGGCCAGCUGGAGAUACACUCUUGUCGUCCGACUGGGAAGCAAGUCUAAGAGCUUCUCAGGAAACAAACGAUCGUUGGGCCGACGAAAGCUCAGUUCAGGAAGGUUCCUUUAUCGACAGCACUUCCACUCUAAACCAGCCAAUAACUCAGGUGGUUCUUGACAAAGAUACCUCACAUCACAAAGGAUUCCACAAUGCAGAGGUUUCGCAUGACAUUCGAGAUCUAGAAGUCGUGGGUCAGUUACCAGACUGGUUGACUGGUGAACAUUAUACAAUUGGACCUGGAACGGUGGACGUAAAGUUUAGUCGCAAAGCCGAGGUUGAUGGACAGUUACAGAGCGUAACAGCUUUUUUUAGGUUCAACCACUGGUUUGAUAGUCUUCCAUUAGUCAAUAGAUUUGACUUUAAUGCCAAACGAAAUACAAUCAGUCACCGCCAAAGAUUGACCAGCUAUCGUAUGGAAGAAAAGAUUCGAGAUCAUCAUGGAUUCACUCCUCGUCACCCAGCAACGUUCUUCAAGACCGAUAGUCACCAAACAGUCCUGAGUAAGUUCUUGACUCCUUCACGUGCUGUAAAACCCGACGGAGAGCCGUGUGGUGUCCAUAUCGUAACCGAGAUUCCUGGAUUAAGAGGAAGAUUGUAUUGUCGCAACUAUGCAAACCAUUUGCAAGAGCUAGAUCCUACAGAUCUUAAGCCUAUAAAGCUACAGACCUUUGAGGAGAUCAAUCCGGCAUUCAAGGGCCCUAUUGCAUGCCCAGAGGGCAGAGUGGAUAGUACGACAGGAGAGUAUAUUAAUGUGACUAUGGAUGUUGGAUAUCAGUCAACCCAAUACACAUUCAUGUCUCUCUCUGAAGAGUAUCCCCAAGGAAGAGUUAUUGCCACAUUGAAUGCACCUACUGCCUUUGUCAAUACUUUCUGCCUCACACCAAACUAUAUUAUUCUGCCCCUGUUUCCUGUGAUUGCAAAUUCAAGUAAACUCAACUGGAACGCGAGUAUUCUUGACAGUCAUCAGUUUGACAAAUCCCAACCUACUCGGUUCUAUGUGAUUUCUCGUGCAAGACAACAAGUGGUUGCUACCUAUCAAGCCAGAGCUUGUUUUGCGCAAGUGAAUGCGUUUGAGGUAGGGGAUUCGAUAAAUUUGGACAUGAUUGUGUACCAGGACGACACAAUUCUGAGACAACUGACCCGUCCUCAACUUCGACAACUGGGUACAAUGUUCCCGGAACGCUUGGCAUCUUCUCAAGUGUGCCGUUUUACUCUCGGUAACCUUACUGCAGCUGGAUCUCAAUACCUGAUUUAUGGACAGCCGGUUGCAAGUCUGAGUAGCCGACUGUCUUCUUUGCUGCUCAAGAGUACUAAAUCAAGUUGGGAAUGGAUGCCGGUAGCCCACGAAGAGGCCAGAGUGCCGCCCUCGCUUGAGUUGCCGAGUAUUCACCCCUUGAGAUCUGGAAGUAGCUACAGUUUUAUGUAUGGAGUUGGGUUUUCUGCAAAUAGUGCCUUGUUAGAUGGCACGAUUUGGGACAGUAUCAUAAAAACCAAUAUGGAAACAAGGUCUAUUGUUGGGACUUGGUACCAGGCAGGGUGCUACCCAAGUCAGCCUGUAUUUGUGCCUAGACCUGAUGCAAUAGGAGAAGAUGACGGUGUACUGAUUUCAAUAGUCCUGGAUUCAGCAAGAGCCAGUUCGUUUGUGCUGGUCCUAGACGCCAUCAGUCUCCAGCCACUCGCACGUGCAGAUUUGGGGCUGGUCGUUCCUCUUAGUUUUGGAUGUGGUGCUACCCGUCUAGUGCGUCAUUAUUGA